AUGAACUUACUACGACGUGCAAAAGCAAUCAAGGAUAUUUCAUUAUUAGAAAAACCUAUAAAUGCGUUCAUAAACAGAAUAGAUCAAGAACAGUCCAAAAACUCAGGAGCAUUAUUACGAUGCAUAGAUUUAUUAAUUGAUCAAAAUCAAUCAAAAAUAAUUAAAAAGUACAAGAUACCUGAUAUAGAUGAUCCAUUUGAUUUAAAACAAGAAAUAUGGGAUAAUUUAAAAACUAGAAAGACAGAUUUAGAUCCAAAAUUGAUACGACGAUUGAAACAUGAACCACCUUUAAACAAUAUAAAAUUCACAAAAGAAUAUCAUAAUUUCAUAAAGGAAUUAUAUCCAUUAGAUAAUCAACCUUUCAAAACUCAAAUUAAAUUUUUCAAUCUUGAAAAUAAUCAUAAGAAAUAUGAUAAAAUCAAUCAUGAAAAAUUAUACAAGAAAUAUUUAGAAUUACCAAAACCUGCACCACAAUAUUUACCACCAUUAAUUUUGAAAGAUUUUAGUUCAAAAUUUAUAUUAAAUAAUCAAAAAUUUGCAAAUAGAAAUGUUAUAGAAGGUCACCUCAUAAAAGAAAAUAAAUCAGCAAUUAGAAGAUCAAUGAGAAAUGAAAUUUAUAGAAGAAAAGAAUAUCAUGAUAUUUGUUUAAAAAUUUUAAAUGAUGUUAAAAAAGCAGGAUUUGAAAUUACUGAACAAGAACAAAUUAGAAUGAUUUAUUUAUCAUUUUUCAAAGAUAGAGAUGAUGUUGCAAAACAUUUAAACGAUUUAAACUUGUAUAAUUCAUUCACUUUUAAGGAUUAUCAACUGAUUUUGGAAACAUUUGGCAAAAGAAAUGAUUUGUUGGGUGUAUUACUAUUUUUAGCAAUUAGACAUGAUAAAUUUGAUAUCAUUUCUGAUAUACUUCCCCAAGUAGGAUUAGGACAUAUAAUUGAUUUAGAAGACACUGACAAUUUCAAACUAAUCGAUAUAUCAUUAACUAAUUUACUUGAAUAUUUCACUACUCAUAUUGACAGACCAGAUCAUUUUAAAUAUCUUUCAAGGACGAUCAAUUGUAUAACGAAAUUACCAGUGAUUACAAAUGAGAUAAUUGAUCAAAUUAUAAAAUUAUUAACUAAUUUUGGAUUGAUUAAACAUGCUGAAAUUUUAUUUGAAACAGCAUAUUUCAAAUAUACAGGUGAGCAAUCAACAAUUAUCUCAGAAUGGCUAUAUAUAUAUACACAAUUGAAAAAAAUCACAAAUGAUUCUUCCAUAUUUUUCAAAUUAUCAGCUACUCAUUCAUCUUUUUUACAUUUAAUUACAGCUUAUUGUGAAAGUCAAUCAUUUGAUAAAGUAGAACAGUUAAAGUAUAUAAUAGAUAAUUUAUCAACUCAACGAAUGAGUACUAGAUUGUAUUUGGAAAUUUUCAAAGGUUUGAAACAAAGAGAUGAUUGGGGAAUUGAGGAAUUAAAAAUUUCGAUAAAGAUGUUGAUAGAUGAUCUUGUUCCUAAGGAUGAGCUGGAAAUGAUUUCUGAAAACAUAAAGUCAGGUUUGAGAGUAAGUAAUUUAUUAAUUGAAUUAAUAUUCACAAUUUGUGCUGAUAAAUUACAUACACAAGGUAUUUCAGUUCAAGAUAAAAUAAAUAAUUUAAAACAAUUAAAUUUGAAAUGGUCAGAUUUAACAAGGGAUAAAAAAACAGGAGCUUUUGAAGCUGAUAGAAAUGCUUAUAUUAAUAAUGCAUUUUUGAAUGAAAUUUAUACGAUAAUGUUACGAUAG